UGCUUGAGUAGAACGGCAGCGUUUUCCCACAGCUGGGUGGCACCGUCCUUGGGGGUGAUGAUACAAACGCUGAAGGGGCCCGAUUCAUGGCGGCGUGUGGGAUUGCAGUCAAACGUGCUCAUCAGCUGAUAGCGGGAUGAAGUUAAGGGAUAGCUCUCACCUCCGGGGGAAGUAUCCACUUCCUGCGCCUGCUCGGGACUGUGCUCUAGCACCCGAGCCUGAAGUUGCACUUGGAAAUUGAGCGUGUCAGUUCUAGCCCCGUGAGAACACUUAGCCCCUGCAGAGUGAGCCGCUGAGCUCUGGCAGACGCACUGCACAGGAGGGAUGUGUGGCAGGGUCUCCCUUUUCUUGCUGUGCAUAGACUUGCUGAGCAAGCUGCCCUCGCCUUGCCAGGGCGGCUGGAGGAACUGGCGGUUGUGCCUGGCCCUGCUGUUGCUUUCAUAUGCAAACGGUUGCAGAGAGGGAGCAAAGUUUGCCCUGCUGCUCCAUUGGGGAUGGGGGAACAGCCAUUCUCCUGGCAUGGUGCCCAGGCCCCCUAGGUAUCGUAUGUCAGCCUUGGGGCUGGCAGUAGGGCAGGAGGUGGCCAGCACCAGUGGCUCUGUUUGCUCUCCCUCUUUCCCGGAGCAGCAGCGUGUCCCACCUAUGCUCACAGAGGGCAAGGUUCCUGGGUGGGCUGGAGGGCAGCGUGGGACUGCAGUAGGGGGUGGGGUUCUCGUCCAGCUGAACUGUUGCAAAGACCCCAUACUGUCCCCGCAGGCUGAGCUGCCUGCGUCAGGCUCUCUCUAAAGCUUGCUUUCCCUUUAAGCACCCUGGGCCCUGCCAGCUUUAAUAAUUGGAGUUAUACCCAUCUCCAAGAACUGGAAGGGACCUUGAAGGGUCAUCGAGUCCAGCCCCCUGCCCUCACUAGCAAGACCAAGUACUGAUUUUUGCCCCAGAUCCCUAAGUGGCCCCCUCAAGGAUCUGCUGGCUGGAUUCCCGGGGAGGGUGGCUACAUCUCGGCUCUGUGCAGCUAGUGUUUGUAUCACCACUGCUCUGGAGCUCCCAGCUCAAAGUGGGGGGGUUCACUCCGGCUGGGAGGCGCCGGGCUGGGGUCUGUGCACAGCGUGGGGCAAAGUCCCUGGAUACAGAGCGGCUCUUCUUCCACGAGUCCAGGAAGCCUCUUCUGAUCCUGAGUGUGGAAUCUCCGGGGACUCGGGAUCCAGGGAUCUGCUCCCAACCCCCCUGCAAGGUCAGCAGGUCGUCCUGAGCAGAGACAGCCCAACGGGCCGGCUGUGACCCUGCAGCGCUGCACCCCCGCUGGGUUCCCUGGGCUGCGCAGCUCCAUGGCCCCGUACCGCAUCCGGCAGUAUGAGGACAGUGACUACGAGGUGGUGCGCACCAUGUUCGGCCACGGGAUUAAGGAGCACGCUCUUACCGGCUACAUUCACAUGCUGAAGUGUCUCCAGACCCAGCUGCUCUUCCUGGGCCUGUUCCUGGCGGUGCUCGCAGCCUCCGGGUCCCUCCUGGUCUCCCUCCUGGCUCUCCUGCUCACUCUCAUUGGGGGCUGGUUUUGCGUCCGGUCUCUCUGGACCGAUUACGUCCAGCAGUCUCUUCGCAGUGACCUACUGGACAUCCGGAGAACCUACGUGGAGGCAGCAGACUCUUGUCUCUGGGUGGCAGAGGCUGAGGGGGCCGUGGUGGGCAUGGUGGGGGCCGUCCUGCCAGAGGACCCCUUGGAAAGGGGGCGCGCCCUGGAACUGAAGCGCAUGUCCGUGGGGAGGGAACACCGGGGCUGGGGCAUUGGCAGGGCGCUCUGCAGGACGGUCAUCCACUUUGCCCAGGAACGUGGGUACAGUGCGGUCGUGCUGUCCACCUCCAUGGUUCAGUACUCGGCCCAGCAGCUGUAUGAGAGCGUGGGCUUCCAGAGGGUCUCGGAGCGGUCCCCAUCGCUCCUCGCCAGCUUCCUGCAGUUCUCCGUGUUCUAUUACCGAUACGAGAUUCCCGGGUCUGGCUGAAGGCUCAGGGGUGGCGAUUCUUCACCUGCCCACUCAGCCGCUGAGAGCUUUGCCUGGCUUGUUAAUUAACUCCCAACAAAGUUGAUACAUAUUUACCUUUUUGGUUAAAAAAUAACUGAGCUUGGAGGAAAAGUCUCGCUCGCAUGACACUGCUCUGGUGCUGGCUUGGGAUUAUUGUUCCCCGAGGGCCAGGGGCUCCCCUUUCCCCACAUCCACCUGGAUCUGAAUUUCACUCCUGGAGCUGAGCCGGCCAGGAUCGGACUCACCCCCAUUGCUCAGUGGUUCCUAGAUGAUCCCUGACCCCUAAAAAAACCAGGCGACCCUGGCAAGGAAACCUCCAUGAAGGUUCAUUUGAAUUUUCACCCACUCUUCUUUGACACGUUCAUGUCUCAUUCCUGUCAUCCACAAAUGUCCAAUCCUUGGAUCUUGCCAAUUUCUUCACCCCUGCACAACAUCCAGUAGCAGUGAGUUCCACAGGCUGGCUAUGUGUUGUGUGGAAAGGCAAUUCCUUUGCUAGGUUUACAAUGUCCCAGCUUUCCCUUUCGCUGGCUGUCCCCUUGUCGGUGUAUCCUGGGACAAGGAGAACAGAAGCGCUGGAUCUUCGUUCUGUAGCCCAUUCGUUCUUUUAUUCACGCCUUAGAAAGGAGACGGAUAAGAGUGAACAAGCCCAGGCUCACUGAGCUCUUCAUGGGAGAGUUUUUCCAGGCCCUCGUUCAUCCCCGUUGCCGUCCUCUGAACCUGCUAGUUCUGCAUUGUCCUUUUGGAACCGGACCGUAUCCGGAUCGACCUUCUCUUUGCUGGCCUGUGUGGACUGGGCACAUCACUUGCUCUCGCUCCUCGCAGUCCAGAGAACUCAGCACCUCCCCGACAGCCCUGCUCGCUCACCCGUUUCCAGGCAGCGUGAGGUGUCUCGAUCGCAGCAGCAGCAGCCCUGGCAGGAGACGAGCGAGGGUGCAGACGCCCAGCUUGGCCGGAGCACACAACUCAGUCUGGGGGGUCGUGUCCUCGGUGCUAAGGGCACAGCUGGGUGGCUGGUUCCCAGGGCCAUCGACGGAGACGUGCUAGCUCUGAUUUGAGCUGCUGGGCCAAAAGUAGCCAUAUGCCUGCCAGAGCUCAGGCUAGCUGGCUGGGUAUGUACCCAGAGGAGGGCAGCUGGGACUGGACUAGGCGGCUGACCAGAGCUAUGGGUCUCCCGGAGCAGUGUGACCCAAAGGGCCUCGUGUGCCAGCAACAAGCAGUGCCGCCAGAGCCCCGGCCCCACCCCGCACAGGGGCUGGGAAGUGCCAAUCUGUUGGGGUCCUCGGCUGGGUGGUGCCGCCCAGGGAGAAACCCUGCUCUGUGGUCAGCAGCCAGCAGCCGGGAUUCUGCAGCAUCAGCUCCUCCCCAGCCAUUCCCAGGGCAGGGACUCCUGCAGCAGCUGAGCCAGGCCCCAGGGGCUGAUGGAGAGCAGGCCCCGCAGCAGGAGGAAUGCCUGGUUUUAAUCCUGCCCAGCACAAGGCUGGGCGGUGCAGUGGUUAGGGCACUAGCUUGGACUGGGGCGAUGCUGGAUCUAUGCCCUGCUCCACCACAGCCUGCCUGGGUGCCCUUGGGCCAGUCACUCAGCUGCUCUGUGCCUCAGUCCCUUACUGUGCUGGGGCGAGCAGCCCUGCCCUGCCUACAGCGGAGUGUGAGGAGAGAGAUGGUUUUAGGAAAAGGAAAUCCUGCCUCACCAAUCUACUAGAAUUCUUUGAGGGGGUCAACAAGCAUGUGGACAAGGGGGAUCCAGUGGGUCUAGUGUACUUAGAUUUUCAGAAAGCCUUGGACAAGCUCCCUCACCAAAGGCUCUUAUGCAAAGUGAGCUGCCAUGGGAUAAGAGGGCAGGUCCUCUCAUGGAUCGGUAACUGGCUAAAAGACAGGAAACAAAGGGUAGGAAUAAAUGGUCAGUUCUCAGAAUGGAGAGAGGUAAAUAGUGGUGUCCCCCAGGGGUCUGUACUGGGCCCAGUCCUGUUCAACAUAUUCAUAAAUGAUCUGGAAAAAGGGGUAAACAGUGAGGUGGCGAAAUUUGCAGAUGAUACAAAAUGACUAGAGCGGUAGCCGUGUUAGUCUGUAUCAGCAAAAACCAGGAAGAGUCCUUGUGGCACCGUAGAGACUAACAAACUUAUUUGGGUAUAAGCUUUCGUGGGCUAGAACCCACUUCAUCAGAUGCAUGGAGUGGAGAAUGGCCUAAUGCCCUGCCUCCGCCAGCCCCCAGCACUGGGUCUGCUGCUGGGAAUUGGAAGAAUCCAGACAAUAAUGACGGCUUUAGAACUGCCAGAGGCGCUGCCCAGGCCACAGAGGAGAGAAGCCAAGAGCCCAAGGAGCCAGGACCCCCCUUUCCUGGCACAUCGUAUUUCUCCAACUAGCUCAGCAGUGGAGCCCUCUCCUCCCGGUGAUGCUGCACCAGCCCGGUCCAGCCCCCCUUCCCCCGGCCUCAGAAGCUGCCACUUGGCAGCAGAAGCCAGGCCCAGGCUCGGUACCCGUCUCCCCGUGCCCAGCUCCGCUGGCAGGUACAAUGGGCGGCUUAUUGGGCCCUGUCAUAAACAGAUAGUUAAGGGUUAAUGCCUCUUUUACCUGUAAAGGGUUAAGAAGCUCAGUGAAUCUGGCUGCCACCUGACCAGAGGACCAAUGAGGGGACAAGAUACUUUCAAAUCUUGGUGGGGGGGAGUCUUUGUUUGUGCUCUUUGUUCUGGGGUUUGUUCGUUCUUGGGACUAAGAGGGACCAGAUGCCAAUCCAGGCUCUCCAAAUCUUUCUAAAUCAGUCUUUCAUGUUUCAAACUUGUAAGUAACAGCCAGGCAAGGCAUGUUAGUCUUAUUUUUGUUUUCUCAACUUGGAAAUGUUCCUUUUUUGCUGGAAGGAUUUUACCUCUGUUUGCUGUAACUUUGAACCUAAAGCUAGAGGGGGUUCCUCUGGGGUAUAUGAAUCUGAUUACCCUGUAAAGUAUUUUCCAUCCUGCUUU